UUUCACUUUCAGUUAACAUCGUGUCUUUUAACAGUGAUAGUAAUAGAUCUUUUUUUAUUUAACAAUAAUAGACAAAAUGUAUCGAUUUGUGAUUUUAUUGUUUUUUUCGGCAGUGCACGCUCAGCUUGAGAUUAAUGGAACUUGCGAUUUAACUAAUAUUAACCAUCAUACAGUUGUCUCAGAUAAAAUUGCAGGCAAAUGGUACCAAAUAGAAAGAAUCCCAAACAGUGUGGAAAAAGGUGACUGCUCCCACACCACCUUGACAAUUGAGAUCGACAACUCAACACUAGUGUGGUCAGGGAACAAGUAUGACUCCGAAGUGGUUGAUGGAAAACUUGCGUUACGGAAUGCCACCAUCAUGAACACUUCUGAAUUAGGGGUCUGGAAUGUGACGUACCAUGAUGGUAUCUCACAAGCUGUCGUAAUUCUGGGAACUGACAACACUGAGUACCUCAUGCUGUACAGUUGUCAAAACAAUGGCAACACAUCAGCUACUAUAAGCGCAUGGAAGCUGGGGCGCAAUACGACGUACUCUCUGAGCGCCAAGAACGCCACCAACACGCUGGCAGCCAAUGCAAACAUCGCCAACACGACCUGGAAGGUGGUGUCACACUCUGAAGCGGCCUGCAAGCUGAAAGGAGGCGCGACGAAUCUGCAACUAUCGCCUUUACUGUUCCUUCUGCUAGCUCUUGGUUUAGCGAAAGAUAUAUAAUAACUUAGUUGUAAAUAAGUAUUAAAUUAAGUUAUUUGUUUCACCUUCUCCACAUGACUCUAUUAUUGUAAGUUCAGGUAAUUUUCAAACAAAGAAACUGUAAAUUAACGCUAAAUACUGUAAAUACCUAAUUUAAAAUAAACUGUGAAAACUAAAGA